CAAAAGCUCCAUAGAGAACGGGUUCGGCGCGCUUCUAUUUUCACGUCGUCGCGGCGGAACAUCGCGUCGAAUUUUCUUUUCGAAUUUAAUAAAAAAAAAUAAUAAUAAUAAAUCGAGUAUUUCCCAUGGAAAAAACCACCAACCACGAAGUGUCCAUCACUAAGAUCGAGGUGAAGAAGGAAAAUUUGAACGACGAUAUCAAGGAAUUUGCACAAAAUGCUAUGAACGAGUUGCUCGGUUGGUACGGUUACGAGAAUCCCAGGGAAGAGUUAAGGAUCCCCACGACUUGCAGGUCACAUUCUGAUAGCAACAGUUCUGGAUUAUCACCAAAAUCUUCAGAUUGCUGUGGAUGGUGCGGCAAAACAGUUGACGAAACUACUACUUUGUCAUCUGGUCCGACGGUAUUCUGCUCAGAGCUCUGUUUUUCCCAUUCGAGAAGAGCCAAUUUCAAAAAGAACAAAACUUGUGAUUGGUGUCGACAUGUCAAACAUACCGUCUCGUACGUUGAUAUCCAAGACGGCGCUUCCCAACUUCAGUUUUGCUCAGAAAAAUGCUUAAACCAAUACAAAAUGCAUCUGUUCUGUCGAGAAACCAGAGCACACCUCGAACUCCAUCCUCAUCAUUUACGCGUAGAUGAAUCAUCGAGCGGGACACUUAUCACGCCGGAUCUGUGGUUAAAGAACUGCAAAUCGCCUGAAUUGCGUAGUCCCUCCCCGAAUAUAUCUCCAAAACCGCCGGAAAAACCUUUCCAAAUGUCACCUCUUAGUUUGGUUGCUUCUCCCCGUCCCACGAAGAUGGCCGAGGUGUCGGAUAGCAGCAAAAGGCACCUUCUGAAGAGCCAGAAGAAAAUGCGGAAGAGACUACCGGCUACCGUUACUUGCAUAACCAAUGACAUAGAUAAAGUUUCGUUUUCUGUAGAUGAUGUUCCUCAAGAUUUGAGGAUCAGACACACUCCUACUGAUGUUAUUGAUAAGUUACCAUCAGCAGAUAAUGAUAAUAUUCCAUUAUUCAAGCCAAUAAAGUUACCAGUAGAAUCCAGAAUACCUUCUUCUAAGCCCGAAACGGAGACGCGACCAACGCCUCCUAAUAAUAUCAAUUCAAUUUUACAAAAACCUUUUCAUUCGUUAAUACCGCCCCCCACUACCUUAGUACCUUAUCCCUUCAUCAUUCCAAUACCGAUUCCCAUACCGAUACCUCUACCCAUCAAAAGAGAAGACAAGGUGGAGAAAAAAGAUUGUUCUAGUCAGACUGAAGUAGAAGAGAGUAAAACUGUUUUCGGUGAUAUAGACGUGAGUGGCAAGGAGGUUUUUAAGGUGCUAAAAAGACCUCUGAAAAAGAGGAAGAGGACGUGUGAACAUAAAUCAAAGAUGAUCAUGAAGGCUAGAAAAGUGAUACUUAGUACCAAUUAAAUUAUUUUUUAAAUAUUUAUAUUAAGUAUCGAAAAUUGUUGUAGAAUAAGUAAAAGAGCAAGUUUAUAGUUCACAAUUUUCCUUUUCAGCGCAAGAAAAACUUAGUUCCAAAUAUACCAAACAAAUUUGAGAAUUUAAUAAUUAAAUAUUUAUUAAUUCUUUUAUAUUUCAACAAAAAUUCUUAUGCCCGAACUGUAUAGGUACUUUAGUUCAGUGAUUCCCAGCCUUUUAUAAUUGCCGAGUAACCUGAGACCCCGCCAUUUUUGUAUAGAAUGGCAUUUUCAAUAGGAUAAAGUUAAUAUACUAUACCUUGAUUUUUCAGAACAAAAGCCAAACGUAAUAUUUAAUUAAAUAAUUAAAGAUUUAAUUAAAUAUUAUACAAAUUUAUCGAGUAUUCGAAUCAUAUCAUUCGAAUGAUUUAUUAUAUUCCAUCAUCAUCAUCAAUGAAUCAAUGUUUGGGUAGUCAAAAGAUAAUGUAUUGAUAGUUAACUAUCCAGUCAGAACGCAGUACACCAAAGUCUAAAACGUCAUAUGUCAAUAUUUAUUUUUAUAUAUCAUGUAACCGUUUUGACUUACGGCACCGGCGCGCGCAAUGAACUGGAGUGGGGUAGAAUGCUUGUCAAUAGGCUUGAGAUGCGACUCUAUGGGCGAAGACAGGUUAUUUUUCAUCUCACUCAGGAGUAUUUAUAACGACCAUUUUCUAUUUCACUUUGUUAUUGUCUGAUCCACCAGCCUGUGGAUUGAACAAUAACAAUGUGAAACAGAAAAUGGUUAUCAUAAAUACUCCCGAGUGAGAUGAGAAAUAAAAAUGGCUGCGCCCAUAGAGUCGCAUCUUGUUCAAUUGAUAAAAUAUGCACAUUAGCUUUCUACCCCACUCCAGUUCAUUGGGCGCGCGGCGAACUAAUUGGAAUGACUAGGUGAUUCCCCGACUCCAAUCAGAUCGCUGUACGCUGAAAUCCAAGACGCAAAAACGUUCUAUGUGUAUCCCAAUUAAGAUAAAUAAGUAAUUUUGGCGGCCUACUCUACUCCAUAUUUCAACAAGUCACCUGGGGACCUAUUUUCAAACUGGAGAUAAAUUAUUUCUCUCAAGAUUUUUAAGAAAAAUGUCAUAUAAUAUGUCAUCGUUAAAAAGAGUAUUUGAAAGCCAGUGAGAUCUCUCGAAAUAAACCAAGAUAAACAGUCAGUUAGUUCUCACUGGCUUUUGUUUUAAAUACUGUUUCCACGUUGACAAAUGACACUUCUCAUUUUUCAUGAAAAUCUUGAGAGAAUUGAAUACUCCCAUAAUUUGAAAAUAGGUCCCUAGAGAGUCGUUUAUUGUAGUUUUAGACAUUUCAAAUGAUUUAAAUGGAAAUUGGUAUAAUCGAAUUAAUUCGAAUGAUGGUACUAAUCGAAUAUUCGAAUGAUUUACCAUUCGAAUGAUCACAUCACUAGUCGAAAGCGCUUGGCUUUAUAAUUUUUUAAUCUAUUAUAGAUCCAGUGGUCGACAGACUUUGUGUUUUUCUCAUUUCUACUUGAUUUAUUUAAUAUUUGAUGCGAUGGUUGUGUUUGAAUUUGGUUAACCAGUUUUAAAAAUCGUAACUGAAUGUUGGUCAAAGCCAAGUUCAUGCGAUCAUCAACAUUUAAUCUGUUUCUUUAUUUCAUUAUGAAAAAGCGUUUAAAAUCCACUUCUUUUGUAAGCUCGUGGAAGUACCACUUAAAUUUAUUUUCAAGGGACUCAAAGUCCUCAGAAAUCUCUUCCUUCACAUCAUUAUCCAGUUCAUCUUUAGAUUCCUCUACCAAACAGCAGUUUUUUAUUCAAAAUUUGCUUUCUUACGCCAUUUUUGGAGCUUGGAUACAAAUGCUUGAAAAUUGUAUUGAAACUGGAUAAUAUGUGUUUCCUAUACCUGCAGAUUCAUUUUUAUUUUAUUGGAUGGUCUUCGAUGUCUGCUAGAUUAGAUUAGAUUUAAAAGGAGUUUGUCCACCACGAUAUUCUCAGAUCUAUUGUAGGACUUUCGUGAACUUGGCCUUGAUGAACUGUUUGGCCUGUCUCAAUCUUCGAUAGUUGUUCCAACAUUCCUAAGACUCUUUCUUUGUUUGAUAGAUACCUUGCACAAUGCCUUAGCAACUCCACAGAAGGGUUAGGGACCUGUCAUGGCCUUUUAGGGCUAAUUCGUCGGCUUUUUCGUUACCCUGGGCCUGGCUUCCAGGCUAAAGUCACUUUGUUUUGCUUAAUAAUUGCUAAUUUAUUAUUUCUCUUGCACAAUGUUGUAUGGCUGUUAGUUCAGCCUGGAACACUAAUGCAUAUUGUUGUUUUUGACUUUGGUCCAAAGAUUCCAGCAGCAGCUACUUCCUUGGUUUUUGAACCGUCUAUAUACCAGAUGAGUUCAGCCUGUAUGAGAGGUUCAUUUCCAGGAUUCUCAGGCUGGUAUUUAAAUUUGAAAAUGUCUUUUAAACUUGUAUGUGGUUAUGGGUAUAUAAGUGGGUAUUUCUAUAAUCUUAUUCUUUUUUACUUGCUGAUUUAACUUCUUAGGGUCAGCUCUAUGUAGUUGGCUUAUAAGGCUUUAACCCUGCACUAGCCUGUGAAUAACGUAUCGUGAAGUUUAAUAGUACCUCCAAUGCUGCAGUUGGCGUAGUACGCAUGGUCCUAGUGACACUCAGAUAGGCUAGCCGCUAAAUGCCGAUGAGUUGCAAUUAUAUGAUCAGUUUUGGUUACCCACGCCCACAUACUUUGAUUUUCUCUUACUAUACGGAGAAUGGUCGCAAUGCAGCUUUCUGAGUGCCUUUUUAAAGGAGAUAGAAAACUCCGCCAUUUUGAUGCCUUAUUACGUGUUGCCUACAUCUUGGCGCAAUAUUUU